GGCGGUACAGGGGAGAUUCGUGUUUCAAACAGCCACCAAGGGGGGACGGGUCAUUUCUGUUUUCACCGCAGGACCUCAAACAGGCAAUUGUACAGUUUUGGUCCUCCAUAACCAACGGCUCUUUGCACGAAAUAAACAAAAACAAUAAUGAAUCAUCCAUUUGUGCCGAUGAUUUCCUCAUAACAUUCCUAAAAAUGCUCAAUGCGUGUUGGUAUGUGCUAGAAGAUGGCGGAGUCGGACGGUGGCGAUUUUACUCCGAAACAGUYGGAGAACAGUAUGGCUAACAAGAAUAGUACCCUGCGCUGUACUUUCUCCGCCCCGAGCCACAGUGCCACUCUUCUCCAGGGCUUGUCGGUUUUGCGGGCUCAGGGUCAGCUCCUGGAUGUCGUGCUGGCUGUCAAUGAAGAGCACUUCCAGGUCCAUAAAGCAGUGCUGGCCGCCUGUAGUGAUUACUUCAGAGCUAUGUUUACAGGAGGCAUGAGGGAGUCAAACCAAGACACCAUUGAGCUGAAAGGUUUGUCAGCCCGAGGGCUGAAGCAUAUCAUCGACUUUGCCUACAGUUCAGAUGUAACUUUAGACCUGGACUGUAUUCAGGACGUUCUGGGGGCCGCUGUGUUUCUCCAGAUGGUUCCCGUAGUGGAGCUUUGUGAGGAAUUCCUUAAGUCUGCAAUGAGCGUCGAGACCUGCCUUCACAUUGGGCAGAUGGCCACCACGUUCAGCUUGUCUUCCCUCAAAGAGUCCGUGGAUGCCUUCACCUUUCGUCACUUCCUCCAGAUCGCUGAAGAAGAGGACUUUCUGCACAUUCCUAUGGAGCGCCUCAUCUUCUUCCUGCAGAGCAACAAGCUGAAGAACUGCAAGGAGAUCGACCUCUUCCACGCUGCCAUAAGGUGGCUCMAGCAUGAUGAAUCCCGCCGGGCUCAGGCGAGCAGCGUCCUCUGCCACGUGCGCUUUCCACUCAUGCUCUCCUCAGAGUUGGUAGACAGCGUUCAGACGGUGGACAUCAUGGUGGAGGAUGUGCAAUGCCGCCAAUAUCUCCUCGAGGCCUUCAAUUACCAGAUCCUUCCCUUCCGACAGCAUGAAAUGCAGUCCUCACGGACGCUCAUCCGCUCUGACGUGUUGUCCCUCAUCACCUUCGGUGGGACCCCCUACACCGACAACGACCGCACAGUGAGCACCAAGUCUUACUACCUUCCUGAUGCUGCUUCCCGUCAGUUCAAAGAGCUGACAGAAAUGGAGACAGGGUGCAGCCAUUCCUGCGUUGCAGUGCUUGACAACUUUGUGUACAUUGUCGGUGGGCAGCACUUACAAUACCGCAGUGGGGAGGGGGCCGUGGACAACUGUUUCCGCUACGAYCCGCAUCUUAACCAGUGGCUACGCAUCCAAUCCAUGCAGGAGGCUCGCAUCCAGUUUCAACUCAAUGUCCUGCAGGGACAACUAUACGCCACUGGAGGCCGUAAUCGAUCCGGGAGUCUGUCUUCUGUUGAGUGUUAUUGCCCAAAAAAGAACGAGUGGUCUUAUGUGGAACCUUUGAAACGCAGAAUUUGGGGCCAUGCUGGGACUUCGUGCAGAGAAAAGUUGUACAUUUCAGGAGGUUACGGGGUCUCGUUGGACGACAAGAAAACACUCCACUGCUAUGAUCCAGUAUCAGACCAGUGGGACUUUAAAGCCCCCAUGAAUGAACCCAGAGUGCUGCACGCCAUGAUCAGCACCCAACAACGUGUUUACGCUCUGGGUGGCCGCAUGGACCAUGUGGACCGCUGUUUCGAUGUGCUGGCGGUUGAGCAUUACAGUCCAGAAAGUGACCAGUGGACGACCGUCAGUCCCAUGAGAGCAGGGCAGUCCGAGGCGGGCUGCUGCCUUCUGGAUGCUAAGGUCUACAUUAUAGGGGGUUAUAACUGGCACCUGAACAAUGUCACAAGCAUCGUUCAAGUCUACAACACRGAGACGGAUGAGUGGGAAAGGGAUCUGCACUUUCCAGAAUCAUUUGCUGGCAUUGCGAGUACRCCGAUUAUACUUCCUCAGAACACCACACAACGCUGAGCUCCUGACCUGCAACUGUGAAGUCUAUUGUUCUUUGUGCCCUUCUACUGCCCAGUGGAUUGAAUGAAGGUGUGAACAUGUUUGAAAUKUAUGGAUGUAGGUUUGUCUUUUUAGCUUUUUAGUCUUCAGUUGACAUAAACGUGUUAACUUUUUAAAUAUAGUAUAGUAUAUUUAAGAAACUUUCUUUCAGCUUUAGGAAUUAUGGCUAUGACUGCUGAUGRUAAGGUUUCAUUGAAGAGGCAAGGUUUUAGAUAAGCUAAUAAUCAGAGUAAAUGCAGGUCUGAAAAUGUAUUAAUCCAAUCAUAAUUGCAGAGAUCCUGCAGAAAAGGCUAGAAUGUGAUUACCCUGGUCUAGUUAACUAUGRAAAAGAUGAUGAUAAAAUCUUUCCAGACUUUAUUUUUUAUUCCUUUGUCAAAAURUUUUGUUUUCCCUCYKUCCUUUGUUUCUUCUUUGUGUCCUCCCAUCUUUCCAUACUUCUGUCCACAUUUCCCUCUUUUCUCUUUUCCUCCCUCCCUUAUGUCCAUUUUGUUUUGGGUGCUUCUUUGCCUUCUUUGUUCCUUGUUUACUUACUCCCUCAAGUCACUCCUUUUUUCUUCUCUUUCUUGCACGCUUACUUCUUUGUCCUGUGUCCUUCUUUUCCUUUUUUAGUUCUACMUCUCUACGUUAURAUUUUCCUCCUUUCCUUUCUCGUCUCCCAUAUUUGUUCAUUAUGUGUGUGCUUCCUUCCAUGCUUCUUUCCCUCCUUAUCUCUUCCCAUUCUGCWUCCAUCCAUUCCUUGUAUUCUUCCUUUUGUACUUUAAGUCAUUCAUUAUUCCCUCUCUKUCUUCUUUCCUCCAUUUUCAUUUUUGUGUUGAUUUUAUUACUUUUCUCUUUUCUUCCUUCCUUUCAUUUGUUGUCCACCCUUCCUUUGUUCUGUUCAUUCCUUUAUUGUGUCUUUUCUGUUCUGUCAUUCAUUCCUUAUGCUCUGUCUUUAGUUCUUCCUUCUAUCCUAUUUCUUUAUACAUUAUGUGAAUYCUGCCAUAAAUUGAUGAUGAAUGUUUGSAUUUCAUAUUUUAAAAUGGUGAUAAGACUAAGUCUGAAAUCUUCAUACAUGUAUCAACACUGUUUUUAAAUACUUGGUCAUUUAGAAAGUGUAUUAUCACAGYCCAGUUCACUGGUGUAGCAUUAGCUAAAUUAUAGUAGAUUUUCAAAGGAAAAUAUUACUUUAAUUUGUAAAACCAAUGAAGGGCUUACAUUACAAAAGGCACAUCAGAUAUGACAUUCCUUAGAAAAUCAGCAUUUAAAAUGUUGGACAAUUUGAUUGUACGGAAGUUUUAUUUGUUAUGCUGUUUAAUUUUUGAAACARUUUACCUUUARGUCAGUUACUGUAGAUGUAUCCUAAUCAACAAGCUACAUAUCAGCACAUAAAUUCCGGCACAAAAACACGAAUAGGAUGAUUUACAGUUUAAAAUGUGUUCCACAUGAUUUUAAUCUUUAUAUGAAUGUCUUUCUGAUUUCUGAUGUGUUUAAUGGAACUGAAACUGUUUCAGAUGUUUCUUUUUCUUACCUAAAAUCACACACAACUGCAGACCUCUUGCGGCAGCUACAUGAAUAAUUUAUUUGUGUCUUAAUACAAUGUUUUGCAUUGUUUUUUUUCUCUUUCCUUGAAGCUUGUUUGCUUAAUUUUUACAGUUUUUAUUUUUCUGCAUCCUUAGCACUUUUAAAGCUAUAUUGAUGAGAUAUUGUGUUUGUACAUGACCUAUAUAUUUGUUUUUACUUUAAGAAGCAAACCUUUUGUUUUUUUUUCCUUUUGAACUUGAACACCUCCAUCAUAGUGAGGAGGGGUUUUUUUGUGGAAAAAUGUCUGCCACCUGCUUGCCUAUGGUGUGUCUUGUUCUGCCUGUACUAAUCAAAGCACAUUAUAUUGUCAAAGUGCAAUACUGUGAAAACUGAUGUACUCCAGGGGGAAUGUACAAGUUUGUGUAGCUUCAUGUCAAUCCUUUAUUAAAGUCAAUAGUGUUUUAAAAAUGUA